AUGCCAGGUAAAAUUGUGAGCGUUCCAUUUCUUUCUCAAAUUGAGGAUAUGGACAGUUAUAUCAACCAGUAUCAAAUUUUAAAGAGCAUGUCUCCACCUAACAUGACUUCUCAUCAACAGCAACAUCAGCAUCAGCAUCAGCAUCAAGCUAGGUAUAAUAACAUUCGAGUUAAUGCAUAUAAGAUAUCUGGAGGUAAUAAUUACAAAAAUUACAAUAAUGGUAACAGUGGAAACAGUAAUUACGAUAACAUUAUGAAUGGUAACAUUAUGGGAAUGAUGGGUAUGAAUAAAAGAUCUAUUCAAAAUAAGUACAAUAAUGCAAGUAAUGACAAUUUGAAUAACAACCACAGUAAUGGUAAUAAUAACAAUAAUAAUAAUAAUCAUAGUCAUAAUGAUGGCAAUGGUAAUAAUAAUCAUAAAGAUGAUAACGGUGUGGGUAACUUUAGAAAGAGAAACUAUAAUCAACAGGGUUAUAAUAGAUACAAUAACCCAAACAUUAAAUAUUAUGGUGCUAGUGAUUCUAAUGAUAGCAAUAAUAAUAGUAAUGAGAAUUCUAAUAAUAGAAAUCAUUCUUCGCCAUAUUCCCAGAAUAAUAUGAUGGCUUCUCAUUUGAAGCAAACAUAUUCUUCAAUGUAUUAUAAUUCAAACAACAGUGGAAGUAAUAGUUCACUGUCUCAAUAUAACUCUUCGUUAUAUCAAAAUGAUAAUUCUCAAUUACAAUCAUCCUUAAAGGUAAACACAGGAAUGAUGAACUCCUCAAUGACGAACUCGUCAAUUCCAUCAAGUUUUAAUAGUAGUAAUUUUGAUUACAUAUAUCCUGGCAAUUCUAGUGAAAUAGGUUCUCAGUAUCAUUCACCAAUGGUCAACAGUUUACAAUUUCCUAGUUAUUUGGGGAGCUCGAUUUUACCAGGAAGUUCAGUUUCCACACCGGUAGGUACAACACCGUUAGCACCUUCAACUAGUGCUGAUUUGGUUAAUGGACUUUCUUCUAUAUCCUUGGGUACUACUAAUAAUAGCACAAGCUCUUUGGCUUUUGCUUCAAAUUCGCCAAUGAAUAUUUCACCAUCUAAUUCUGCAUCAGGAUCAACUUCUACCAAUGCUAAUGUUAAUUCAGCUGCUAUGGGCAAUGAUAAUAUUUCAGGUAAUUUAAAUUUUAUUAAUGACAGCUCAUCUACCUCAUUUGGUGGUUCUAAUACAUUGUUGAUGGGCGAGUCUUCAUUUGGUUGGGGUUCAAAUCAUGCAAAUGUUACCUCAUCCACCUCUGGUGGAUCUUUCGGUAUCUGGAGUAAUGAUAUGAGUGUUUGGAGCUAA